CAUCACUCGAGAUGUUUCUCUCCUCUCCCCAGUCUGCGAGUGCAACGGGAUGUCCAGACAGUGCGUCUUCGACUGGCACCUCCUGAGAGAGACGGGCAACGGGUUCCGCUGCGUCGGCUGCCAGGGCAACACAGAGGGCGCCCGCUGCGAGCGCUGCAAGCCCGGCUUCUUCCGACAGCGGGGCGGGGACUGCUGCCUGCCCUGCCACUGCCACCCCCGCGGCUCCCUCAGCCCGCAGUGUGACAGUGAGGGGCGGUGCAGCUGCAAGCCUGGCGUGAUGGGCAAGAGGUGUGACCAGUGCCAGCCGGGCUUCGAGUCCCUCUCCGAGGUCGGGUGCCGGAGGAGCGGGCGGUUACUGAGCCCGCGGUGCGAGUGCGACCCGGCUGGCAGCACCCAGGGCUGUGUCUCUGGCCACUGCGUCUGCAAGGCGAGCACCACCGGAGAGCGGUGCGAGAGGUGUAAGCAAAACUUCUAUAACUUGGAUGCCAGAAACCCUGCGGGAUGCUCCCCCUGCUUCUGCUACGGGCACUCAGCUGUGUGCGUCAGUGCGGACAACCACAGCAUCUACAACAUAACCUCGACCUUCCAGCAAGGUGCUGAAGGCUGGCGAGGUGUCCAUGCAAGUGGUUCCCCAGCCCAUUUCCAGUGGUCCCCACGCCAUCAGGAUGCCUUCAUAGCAGCGAGGAGAUCGGAGCCAAUAUACUUUGUGGCGCCUGCUAAAUUCCUCGGGAACCAGCAACUGAGCUACGGCCAGACGCUCUCCUUCGAUUACCGCCUGGAUCGAGGGGGCCGCCAGCCAUCUCCUCAUGACGUGGUCCUGGAAGGAGAUGGCCUGAGAGUCACUGCCCCCUUCUUGGCCCAGGGGAAGGUCCUGCCCUGUGGUGUCAGCCAGACGUACACGUUCAGGUUGGAUGAGCACCCAAGCAGCAAGUGGAGCCCGAGGCUGAAUCAUUUUGAAUAUCGCAGGCUGCUGGGAAACCUGACAGCUCUCUGGAUCCGAGCCACCUUUGGGGAGUACAGCACCGGCUACAUCGACAACGUCACCCUGGUGUCGGCGCAGCCCAUGGCCGGAGUCCCUGCCCCCUGGGUGGAACACUGCGAGUGCCCGGUGGGCUACCAGGGCCAGUUCUGCGAGAGGUGUGCCCCUGGCUACCGCAGGGAUGUCCCGGGCACGGGGCCCUUCAGCGUCUGCGUGCUGUGCAAUUGCCAGGGGGGAGGAAUUUGUGAUCCUGACACCGGUGAAUGCUACUCAGGAGAUGAAAAUGUGGGCAACAGUUUCAGCUGCCCCUUUGGCUUCUACCGAGACCCCCGACAACCUCACGACUGCAGAGCCUGUCCCUGCAGCAAUGGCCAAGGCUGCACUGUGGUGCCGGGUGGCGAGGAAGUCAUCUGUGACCAUUGCCCUCCUGGAGCUGCUGGGGCCAACUGCGAGUACUGUGCCGAUGGCUAUUUUGGAGACCCAGCAGCUGCCCGGCCCUGCCAGCCGUGCCAGUGCAACGGCAACGUGGAGCCCAACGCCGUGGGCAACUGCGACCGCCUGACGGGCGAGUGCCUCAAGUGCAUCUACAACACCGCCGGCUUCUACUGCGACCGCUGCAAGGACGGCUUCUUCGGGAACCCCCUGGCCCCCGACCCCGCCGACAAGUGCCGAGCCUGUGCCUGCAACUCGGCUGGCUCUGAGCCUCUGAAGUGUGCGAGUGAUGGGAGCUGCAUCUGCAAGCCUGGCUUCGAGGGUCCAAACUGUGAAGAGAGUGAGUGUCCAGCUUGCUACGACCAGGUGAAAGCCCAGGUGGACCUGUACCUGCAGCAGCUGGCAGAGCUGGAGCUGCUGUUCUCAGACGUGCAAGCUGGCGGUGGGGCCGAAAGCCAGGAGCUGGAGGGAAGGAUGCAGCUGGCCGAGGAGAUGCUGAGGACCAUCCUUGGAGAAGCCCUGAGCUUGCAAGCCUCUGACAGGUCUCUGGAAAGCCGUGUGGCCAGGAUGAAGGGGCAAGGGUCCAGCUCCCAGAGCCUCUUGGAUGAGAUCAAGGCGACGGUGGGGCGGCUGAGGUCUCUUGGGAGCCAGUAUGAGGGGCAGGUGCGGGAGACCCGGAAGCUGCUGGAGAGAGCCAGGCUGGACCUGGAUCACAGCGGAGCUGCUCUGCGCUGGGUGACCAUUCCUGUUUCAAAACUUCCUGGCGGUUCGAAUCAGUUCUUGAUGCUGGCCCAGGAGGCUCUGAGACUGGCCAACAGCCACGCGCAAGCUGCCAGCAGUGUGGACCAAGGCGCGAGGGCGGCAGAGGAGGACGCGCGGCGG